CCUUAGGAUCUCCAUCAUUUCCAACUCAUUUCUAUAAUGUUAUCUCUUAUUAAAUCACGUCCUCCUCAACACAAACCAAACCCAAAAGAACACACCGUACAGAUCAAGAAAAUCAUGUAUUAUCUUCCCACUUCUUCUAUGGUCCUGUUCUUCAUCUUCUUCUUAUUUCACCAUCUUCCUUGUGCUUCAAGUAAACAAGAACUUGGAAGGUGUGAGACCCCGUUUUUGUGUGGGAGCAUCACCGCCGGUUUCCCCUUCUGGGGCGGGAAUCUUGACAAACUUUGCGGUUAUCCAUCGCUGGAGCUUCACUGCAACAAAGACAUCACCUCUUUAACCAUCUCAGAUCAAGAGUUCUGUGUUCUACAAAUAAAUCAAUCAUCUAACACUCUUAGACUUGCCAGAACAGACCAUAUGGGCUCUUUUUGCUCCUCUAACUUCACCAACACAACCUUGCCUCCAAAAUUAUUCAAGCUUUCCCCAACCUACAAGCGUGUCACAGUAGUCUAUUAUUGCAACCCUUUUGGUCUCAAAUUUCAGGGAUAUAACUGUCCAAAAACAGGUAUGAUCUUUGUGUCUGACAACCCUGAAAAUUACAAUUUCUGCCUUGCCGGUUUCACCGCGAACGUUCCUAGGAGUUUCGUUGCAAAAAGGAAUGACCUGGCCGAUUUGGAAAGUGUCCUAAAGAAAGGAUUUGAGGUGAAGAUGAAGAUCGAUAAGAGCGAUUAUGAGCACGGUAAACACAGUCCACUCCAUCCACCAACUGUAGAUGAACUUCACCAACGCUGCAGUGGCCCCUUUAGCUGUGGCAACAAGGAAGAACUCUUAUUUUACCCGUUCUGGAGAUCUGGCAGAGAAAACUGCGGCCACCCAGACUUCAAACUCGACUGCAGUGGAGAAUUCCCAGAGCUGGACAUGUCCUCUGUUAAGUACAGAAUCUUAAGUAUGAGCUAUGAGGACUCUCCUGUCAUUAGACUUGCCAGAUCGGAUUAUAUAGGCAAUCUUUGUCCACCAGAUCCACGAAAUGCAUCACUCAGCGAAAGUAUUCUUCAACUCGUACGUGACACCGAUCUGCUAACUUUAUAUUAUGAUUGCAACGUUUUACCGCCUGCUUCUGCAGGUAGUUACAUUAGAGUUCUUGAUUGUGGGUAUGAAGGCCAUAGAACAAGUUACUAUGUGACGAGAAACCUAUCGUCCCCUUUAUUGAAAGGGAUUAGUGACCUUUUGGAUAACUUCACGACACUUUGCAGAAGAAAUGUCAGUAUUCCAGUUUCUAGACAGGCGUUGAACAAAUUAGAGGAGAGUCCAAGUCAAGAUAACUUAGAGAACGCUCUUGAUCACGGUUUCGAGCUUGGAGUUAACAAUGAUUGUUCACAGUGCAUUGAAUCUGGAGGUGCUUGUGGGUAUAGCCAGAAAUCAAGAAGUUUCAUCUGCUAUUGUGUAGAUAAGCCGCAUAACCGUAACUGCAGAGAUACAGGCCUCUCUACUGCCGCAAAAGCAGGAAUCGGGUCUGCUGUGGGGUUGGUGGGGGUCAUUCUUAUAGCCAUGGGUCUGUUCUGUCUCUACAGACGGAGAAGGAAAACUCAGUCAGAUCAAUACACAAGCAAAGACUUGCCAGUAACGUCUUACUCAAGCAGAGAAACAUCAAGCUAUCCAACUUCCACAACAAUCUCCAGCAGCAGCAACCACUCCCUUCUCCCCUCAAUCUCUAACCUCCGAAACGGAAGCACUUACUUCGGAGUUCAAGUCUUCAGCUACGAAGAACUCGAGGAAGCCACCCAUAAUUUCUCUAGAGAGCUCGGCGACGGCGGCUUCGGCACCGUCUACUACGGCAUGUUGAAAGACGGACGAGCCGUAGCAGUGAAACGACUAUACGAACGAUCUCUAAAACGCGUCGAACAGUUCAAGAACGAGAUCGAGAUCUUGAAAUCGCUGAAGCACAGAAACCUCGUGAUACUCUACGGAUGCACGUCGCGACACAGCAGAGAGCUUCUCCUCGUCUACGAGUACAUCUCAAACGGAACUCUCGCAGAUCAUCUCCACGGUGAUCGCGCUCAACCUCGUCCUCUUUGCUGGCCGGUUCGUCUAAACGUCGCCAUCGAAACCGCGAGCGCACUUUCCUUCCUCCACAAGUCAGGGAUCAUUCACAGAGACGUCAAGACAACGAACAUUCUUCUCGACGACGAGUACACGGUGAAGGUAGCCGACUUCGGCCUCUCGAGGCUAUUUCCGAUGGACCAAACUCACAUCUCCACCGCGCCGCAAGGCACUCCGGGGUACGUAGACCCGGAGUACUACCAAUGCUACCGUCUAAACGAGAAGAGCGACGUCUACAGCUUCGGAGUCGUACUCACGGAGCUCAUCUCAUCCAAAGAAGCAGUCGACAUCACCAGACAUCGCCACGACAUCAACUUAGCGAACAUGGCCGUGUCCAAGAUCCAGAACAACGCGUUGCACGAGCUCGUUGACCCGAGUCUGGGGUUCGCGAAGGAUCCGGAGGUGAAGAGGAAGAUGAUGGCGGUGGCUGAGCUUGCGUUCAGGUGUUUGCAGCAGGAGAGGGAAGUGAGGCCGUCGAUGGAUGAGAUCGUGGAGAUUUUGAAAGGGAUCAAGGGGGAGAAUCGGGUGGAGUCGUCACCGGAUGUGGUGGAUAUUGAGCGGAGCGGAGGAGAUGACGUUGGACUGCUGAGGCAUUGUCAUAGUGUUCCGCCGCCGAUCUCGCCGGAGACUGAUAAGUGGACGAGUAGCUCGGAUACGGCCGCGAGUUCAUUUUGAGAGACUUAUUAUUUAAUUAGGGUCGUUCAUCGGUAAUGAUAUAUAACUUCUUUUUAUCUGUUUUUCUUUUAGUUUUUUUUUGGGCUCUGUAGUAAUCAAAUGAAGCUAUCAGUUUUUUUUUUUUUACCUUUGCAUUGCCUGAAGAUCGUUAGAGCAGCUCCAUAGGGAGUGCUAAAGCCCGAGACCUUAAGAAAAAGAGGUGAAAAAUAAAUGAAAAAGGAAAAGAAUAGAGAGGAGCGGUGUUUAAAUUGGGUUGUUUGGGUUUGGUAAGGAACGCAUACGUGGCACUCUCUUAUUCGACCUCAACUUAAUGUGUCUCUCUCUUCGUCGACUUCUCUCCCGAAAUCAUUCUUGUUUCUCUCCAUCUCUCGAUCAUCUCCAUCUCUCGUUCUCUCAAUCGAUUCUCUUCAUCUUUCGUUUCUCUCCAUCUCUCGUAUCUCUCAAUUGAUUCUCUGUCGAUUUCGAAGUCGAUCGCGGUUCGAUUUUCUGUUUUCUUCACUGCGAUGUCGACGUCGUUUCUCUCUCAUGCGCUGAGGCUCUGAUGAAGAUCAGAAGAGAGAAGGAAGUUCUUCACAGCAAUCAGCUUAAAGUGAAACCACGGAUCGAGAAAAGGAUGAAAGUCAUACAAGAGGCGAGAUAAGUACCCCUGUCCCUUUCUCCGUAGAAAAAAAAACUUGUAAAAAUAAUGUCGAUGAUGUUUUUGCAUGAUGAUCUUGAGGAAGGUGAAAUAUUUGACUAGUAGAUUAUCGUGUGUCUGUUGAAAAAAAUUAAUUUUUUUGCAUAGAAACCGAGUUUGGUUUGUUGAUUUUAACAAGUGACCGUGAUGGUUAAGCUUCGUUUGAGUGUUGAAAAAAUGGAGUCUGUUAACAAGUGAUGAUGAUGAUGAUGAGUUUGGUUUGUGUGAUUUUAACAAGUGUGAUUUGUGUGAUUUUAAUAGAGUGACGGAUUUUGAUGAUGAGUUUGGUCUCGUUUGAUGAGGAUGUGCGUGGAAGAAAGGCAACAGAUUCAACUUCAUCAAAGCUUUUGUCUUUCCAUUACACAUUUGAGACGAGGACUAUUAUGGAUCCAUAUAGUCAAUAAUAUAGCUUUCAAAAUCUCUUAAACAGUCAACAGUCUCUGCGUCAUGAAGUCUCUGCGUCGGAUGCCUCUCUGUUCGGAGAUGGCAACGAAGAUGCAGAGACUGUGUCAGUCCGUAAAGAGAGACAUAAAUGGAAUCCAACAGAAGAUGGUGUGCUAAUAAGUGUCUGGUUGAACACCUCCAAAGACCCCGUGGUUGCGAAUGAACAGAAAGCAAUAGCGUUUUGGAAACGUAUUGCUGCUUAUUAUGCUGCGAGUCCAAAGGUGGCGGAUUUACAAGAGAGAGGGUCCACAGAGUGUAAAGGAAGAUGGGUGAAGAUUAAUGAGGCCGUGUGUAAGUUUGUUGGCUCUUAUGAAGCUGCAACGAAACAAAGAUCGAGUGGACAGAACGAGAAUGACGUUUUGAAGCUGGCGCACGAGAUUUUUUACAAUGACUACAAGGUCAAGUUCACCAUGGAGCAUGCAUGGUUGGAGCUUCACCAUGAUCAUAAAUGGAGUGGAGUUAAUUCUACUAAGGAUAACGUCUACUCAAAGAGAAGGAAGUUGAACGACCAGUCAUCAACCUCUGUGCCAGUAAGCUAUGGAGAUUAUGAGGCUCGGCCAAUAGGUGUUAAAGCAGCAAAGGGAAAAGGAAAAAAAAACAUGGAGGAAGCAAGCGACUUUAGAAGAGGAAAUGAAGGAGAGGGUGGAGUUUGAAAACAUGUGGGAGAUUAGGAAGAAGGAUUUUACUCUGAAGCAAAUUCUAAACAACCAAAAAUUGCUUGACAGCCUCCUUUCCAGGAAUGAUCAAUUAACUGAACCAGAAAUUGCCUUGAAAAAUAAGCUUAUUAAUGAUAUGUUGACAACUUAGCUUGAGUCUCAAGUUUCUCUUUGGUUGUGUCUGUAUGGUAUGGAUCUUAAGUUGGAAGCAUGUAUGUUGUUUGUGUCGAGUCUGUUUGCUUCUUCUUUCUCUUAAUUUAUGUUUGAUUGUGUCUGUAAGAUAUGUUGACAAUUUAUCUUUAUGCUUAAUGUCGAGUUUGUAUUAAACUUA